CCCUCCGUAUUUGAAUCUCGCUUUCAACCUAGCCUCGCUCAUAUCCUGCCUCACAUGCAGAAGGAAUAUGGCGUCUGCAGUCCAAACUUUUGACAUGAUGCAUCGAGCUCUUCGAAGAACUCCUUCUCUGUCAUUUGCAAGACAAGUAUGGAAAAGUCAUCAACACCAAGAAAGAAUUUCCAGAAGAGCAUUAUCACUUUCAUGUAGGUCAUGUUGUGCAGCAGCAGAUGCAAUGCCAUUACCAGGAAAAGAUGGUCAACCAAAAGUGUACACAGGAAAAAUUCAAAACAUUGUCAAUGAAAUAUCUAAAUUAACGCUAGGAGAAGUAUCAGAUCUAAAUAGUUUGCUAAAGGAAACCUUGAACAUUCAGGAUGCUCCCAUGAUGUCAGCUGCGGCUAUGAUGGCAGCUCCUGCUGCUCAGGAAGCUGAGCCUGAACCACAAAAGGAAGAGCAAACAGAAUUCACUAUAAAGUUAACAAAAUUUGAUGACGGUUCAAAAAUAAAGCUGAUCAAAGAAAUCAAAGCCUUGUUACCAGAAAUGAAUUUGGUUCAGGCAAAGAAGUUUGUUGAAAGUGUACCGCAGGUUAUCAAAGAGAAGCUUUCAAAAGAAGACAGUGAAAAAAUCAAAAAGCAAAUUGAAGCUGUUGGAGGUUCUGUGGAGAUUGAGUAAAUUUUUACAAGUAUGCUAAGCAACAUUUAACUGGCCUAAUUGAAAUUGUAUAAGGACAAUUCAUAGUCAGUUAGAACGGAUUUGAAAAGAAGAAAGUGCUUUAAAUAUUGAACUACAAAGAGAGUACCCAUUUUCUUGGGCAUACCCUUGCAAGAUUCUAAGGAUCAAAUCUAGUUUAACCGAUUUGAUUGCCAAUAGUGUAGAAUGUGUAGUAACAACUGUUUGCAAAUCGUAUUGUUUUACAUGAUUUUAUGGCCUUUGUUCACUUUUUGCUAUACCAAA